GAGAAUCGACCAAGAUUCAGAGUUAUUAUAUCGUGGGAGAAAUAUUUUCGAUCCAAGAAAAGAAUAUUGCAAUUGCACUCGUUCAAGAAACCAACUACCGAAGUGUAGAUGAGCAACACUGUAAUUUUGUUAAUGGUGACGAUGGUACCGGUGAUCGCCGGUACUGACGAGCAGAAUGCGCUAUGGAAGAGGAGUGUGCCGACAAAUUCUUAUCUUGACCAUUUGGCAAAUUUCAACGACUAUCCGGUACUAGUGUCAAAGAGGGCGGCUCUUCUGUUAGAUCAGUUAAUGAUCGCGUUACAAGAUGCACUAAACAAUCAGCCCAGAAGAGAACUUCAAAAAGGCAAUAGAAUAUCCAUGAGAUCAUCGACACCUCACUUGCCAGCCGAAAAUUUGUCAUUUCUUCCAUUGGCGCAAGCACAAACGAUGGAUCUUCGACAGCAGAAACAAGGCCACCUUUAUUGGCGUUGUUUCUUGAACAUCGUAACAUGCUACAAGAAAAAAUAA